GGUUUCAUGUCAGAAAGGUGUCACGUGAGGGUCAGGGGUGGCGAGGUCUUCCUCAGGCAGGCGCAGGGUAACUUCGAGUUCCGGGUCCGGUCGUAGAUCAACUAGAAUCAAUCUUACGACAGUACUUACAUCGUAUCGGUCUGGUUGUGAAUGAACCCUGGAUCUCACAGACAUGAAAGCAAGCGUGGUGACUGUUCUAUAUCUAGCGCUCUUGUGUCUCGUCUGCUGCUCACAAACCGUGUCAGCACAAGGGCCAGCCUUCUUCGAGUUCCUGGGUUACAUCUCUGGACUGGAGCGGAACAAGGGGGUCGACUGGAACUCUACUCUCUACCUACUGUACACUGGUCAAGUCACCCCGACGUGCUUCACAGAUGCCUACAGAGUAUACAAUGAUACUAUACUGGUCAAGUCGUACGCAAGCAAUAUGCUGGACAGUACAGGGAAGAUGACUCCAUCAGGCAUGUUCCAGGGAAACUGGGUUGCUAUGGGCGACUAUGAGGAGUGCACAGUUAACGCCAACACUGCACCAGACAAGCCUGGAAACUUUCAAACUAUGUACUGUUCUGUAGCAUGGGGUGGAAUACCAGAGUUACUUGCUCCUGAAAACCAGUUCUAUGCACAAGGUGUGUGUGUCCCCAACACCUGUACCGACAAGGAUGUAGGACUUCUCACAGGCACAGGUCUCCUUGGUGUGAAGCCUAUGCCAUCCUGGUACCCUAUUGGCCUGACCUGUCAGAGAGAGGAAACUUACGCAAACUUCUCAGGGGCUGCCAUUGCUGCUAUAGUCAUCAUCUGCAUCAUCCUCAUCAUCAUGACUGUCUCUAGUUUUUAUGACUUCGUCAUCACUUUGUACUUUCCAGAGACAAGGAAGUUAACCCCAACACAUAUUUUCCUGUCCUUCUCGGUGCUCACCAAUGCGAGGAAGGUGUUCAGUCUAAAGACAACACCAGGACAACUUCCUGCGCUUCACGGCAUAAGGGUCAUCAGUACCCUCUGGAUCAUCUUUGGGCACACCAACUUCUUUACCAUUGGCAACAUCGAAAUAUCUAACAAGGUAGAGUUGGCUGGUGCAAAUAAGGAGUGGUGGUACUUCAUACAAAACAACAUGGACAUGGCAGUGGACACUUUCCUCUUGCUCAGUGGUUUGCUGGUUACGUACCUGUUCAUGAAGCAACUGACCCAGACUGGGGGUGUGUUCACAUGGAGGGACUAUGGUCUGCACCUGUUACACCGGUACUGCAGGUUGACACCAGUGUAUGCCUUCCUCAUCAUGAUCUACACCUGUCUGUUGGUGUACAUGGGAGAUGGACCAUACUGGGCCACGCCUAGCAACUGGGUCAUGCCCGGUAUCCAUGGCUGCCAGCAUCACUGGUGGACAAACCUGCUCUACAUCAACAACUACUUUGUGGACUCAGGAGUAGAGUGUUUUGGCUGGGGCUGGUAUCUUGGUGUCGAUAUGCAGCUGUAUGUGAUGAUACCAGGAGUCCUCCUGCUCCUGUACAAGAAGCCCAAGAUUGGAGCUGUACUUACCUGUGCUCUCAUUGUUGUCAGCUGGGUGCUGCAUGGGGUUUUGUACCACUUCCUUGUGCAUUCCACUCUAGACUACAUUGGCACAACAUAUAAGUAUACUGUAACCAGAAUGGCACCCUACCUGCUGGGGGUGCUGCUGGGAUAUGUGCUCUUCAGAUACAACAGGACCAUCCCCAACAUUCCACACAGAAAGGUAGCAAUUGACUACAUGCUAUAUUCAUAUCCUCCAUGGUACAGAAACAGAUGUACAAUUUAUGAACUAAUUGUAAUAUUGUAGUUCAAAGUAUUUCUGUUUACUGAGCAUC